AUGACAUACAUUAGGUCAACCUUUGAGUUGCAUCAAAAGACCUUUAGUUUCCUUUGUGUUAUGGAUGAUCAAAGAUCUGUUUUUAGUGCAGUUACUGUUAAUUUUGUUGAUUACUGUGAAGAGAGGAUGUUACCGCUACCAUUAUUAAGGGAUAAACAAUUGCCCCCUGUAUCAGGUUCUAUUGACAGUUUACGUCCUAAUAUUCCGUACGUGAAUCAACAACGGUUAAUUAUUGAACGUUUAGUAGAUUUAGAAGAAAGGUUAUUCAAAAAAAGGCGUGGACGUCCUAAGAAAAGGAUUUGUAUUAAGGCUCCGUCAACAUCACAAAAUGUACCGUUCUUGAGUGCAGAGGUGGAGGAAUAUAAUGACGUAUUAGUUUGUGUUAAGAGGCAUUCAGAUGAAUUAAAUAAUAUUGUCACGCAAUUAGUGUCUGAUGAGAAUCCGAAUCCUCGAGCCUGCACUCAUAUCUCAAAUCCUUCGAUGUCCAUUUGUCAAGGCUAUCCAAAUAGUGAUCAUCAGUUUUGCGGUUGUGGAAUGUAUCUAGCUGGAGAUGCAGAGUGUAUAUGUCGCAAAGGAUUGAAUUACCAUCCUUCUCCGUUGUUAAACAUUGACCAAGAAUCGGAGCCUGGUUCUAGUCGUGACUAUGAAGAAAUUGAUGUCGAAAUUUAAUACUGUCUUCUUCCUUUUGUUUUCUUUUCUUUUGUCAU